AUGUUCAAGCUCAUCAAGGACCUCACACGCCCCCCCGAGGCCCUGACGCCUCCCCCGGUAGAUACCCCUCCUCUGCAAGGGGCGCGUCAACGCGCUCGUUCACGCUCACGGUCGGUCUCUAGAGCUGGACGCAGUAGCUCUCCGGCGGUACUGGGGGGACGGGCCAAGAGCCCUGGACUAUCAGGGAUAAACCCUAGGAUCGGCCAUGACUUGGAUGCGGGCGAAAGUGGGUGGUCAAUGGCCCCAGAGUUUGGCCAAGAGAUAGAGGAGGAUGAAGACGAGACGGAGCCGGAUGCCUUGAGAGUCGUCGAGCUUAUACGAGCUCUGAGGAGUGAAAAGGAUGCUAUAAUGAGCUACAUCAUGACAUUCUCAGAUUUGUUGUCCGUCCCAGGAAGCUUUCAUUCUCGAAGAGCCUUCCGACGGCAUACAGGCUUCAGGACACUGUUUAUUGUACUGGGCGAGAAUCUCGCAUGGAAAGCCAUGCCGACCGAAGCGGACAAGGAGGAGUGGGAGGUCCGAGAGGUGCAAAGAAAGGAAGCCAUAAGACUCGCAUUCGAGGUUUUGGGAUGGGCUCUGGGAGAUCGGCUGGGGGAGGCCCAUUUCGAGAGGCAAGGCGGGUAUCUCACCGUUCUUCCUGUCCUGUACCACCUUGCCCCGGCUUCAACGGGAGCCGAUGCUGAUAUCCUUGCGGUACUAUUGGCCCAUAUCUGUUCCAACAACUAUUCUUUCUCAAACCUUUUCCAAUUCCCUACCUUGUCUUCCACCAAAGAUGUGUCUGGGCGUCUGGGGGAGCUCAUCGUUCGACCAUCAACCAGUGGUGCCCUGAAGCUGCUCUGGGCGUAUCUCAAUCAAGAAGGUGCCAAGGGGAAAGACAAGGCGACUUUGGGGGGAGAAGAAUUGGCCAGGAUUGUUCAGCUGGCAUUCCAAUCGCUGCUGGCCAUUGUCCAGGCAUCUACUCCCAACCUGUUUACUGUCGCGUCACAAUUGCCCCAGCUAUCCGAGUUUCUCAUCACUCGGUUGUACGGCCCUGGGAAGAAGCGAGAGUAUGGGUCAACAUUCAAGAUGGAUGUACCUCAGAGUGAUCAGGAGGGCGUCGCAGAAUGGAGCGAACCGAAUCCUCCUAUGAGGGGCGUUUACCUUGCGCUCCUACGAAGGAUGCUAGAUGCUGGAGUCGACCAGCACGUUACUUGGCGGCUUUUCGGUCUGGUGCGGGAUACAGAGACUUUUUCCGAAAGUCCAAAACAAUCACCCUCGUAUCUCAUUUCCUCGCCCGACCCGCUUGACACUCCCGUUCCUUCACCGUUACCAACACCUAGACCACGCGAUCGAGGGAAAUCCAAUCUGCACAUCAACACGGAAGCUACCGAGGAGGAGGAAGACUGCCUCAAUAUGGAAGUCUUGGGACUGAUCAAGCAAGCGCUGAAGUCGAAAUGGCCGGAUGUAUUCGUCUUCAAAGGCGGAGUCAAUGAUAGGUUGGGCGGUCUAGAGCUACCAGAGCUGGGAAGACCCUGGGUCAAUGGCCACAAAGGGUUCAACUUUUCUUGUUGGCUGCACAUUACCAAACUCAACCAACCUCUGACUCUCCUUCAUCUCUCUCAAAAGGACGCCCAAUGUCCCUUGUUCCGCGUACGCAUCCUUGAAAACUCUCAAAUCGCUAUAACCACAUCUCUUCAAGGGGCGGCCCCCAUAUCGCCCAUCGACUCUUCCAGCCCUCCUCUCGAUAGCGAGGUCAUCUGUGACGCCCCAGACGCGCUUGUACCUCACCUCCAAUGGGUGCAUUUUGCUGUUGGAGUUCGGAAACCUCGCGGUCAUGAGCUUGGAGAGGUCAGGAUAUUUGUGAACGGUACACGGGUUGGCGCUUUGCGGAUGCCUUAUUCGCUGCCUACACCCCAGGCUCCGCCAGCCCCCGUGCAAGUUCGACCAGUGGCGGGCACACCAGCCGAUUCUAUCCGUGUGUCCGUCGGCAAAGAGUAUCAAGACGAAGAAGAGAAGAAGAAUCAAGGGGUGGGGAGAGAGGAAGAGAACGAAUGGAUGCUUGGGAGGCUGCUUCUACUUGAGGAAGCUGUCCCGGAAGAUCUCGUGUUACUGAUGCACCACCUGGGGCCUAGAUAUACAGGUAACCUGCAAGAGGCCAUGGGAAAGUUCUUGACAUAUGAAGGUGCUACCUCGAUCAACAUUUACCUCCAUCGCCUCGCCCAAUCUGCCUCGGAUAAGCGACUGUUCACAACGCCUAGCAAUUCUAUACUUGUUCGCGCUAUACGGUCUGGCCGUGUUCUUCCCGAAGAGUCAAUCAUUGUCUCUCUGUCCGCGCGAGACUAUGAUCCUACACAGGACACAUGCGUCAACGCCGCUAUACCACAUCCCUACCGCGCCAGACAACUCCGAUAUGGUACUGCCAAGCUCACAGGUAAUGUUCGGGCUUUCAGGUCUACCUGCCUAGAUGAAAGUGUGCAAGCUGUAGGCGGUGGACUUGUCAUCUUGAAAAUGGUGUCUAUGAGUCGCACCAGUGAAGAACUUUUGGAUACACUGAUUGUCUUGAGGGAUACAAUCAAGGACAGUUGGUUGGCCAGCGAAGAAAUGGAGCGAAUACACGGAUUCGAUCUCCUGGCAGCGAUUCUGCGCCCCAAAGCUGCGACUCUGCUAGACAUUGCUUGCACCAAGGUCAUUCUGGCCAUGCUGGGUAUUAAUAUGGACAAGCCUCAGCUGGCCACCGUCCACAACUCUGUUGCCUAUCGAGCUAUUGGCGUGGAGUUUGAACUCUGGUCCUACGCCUCCGAUGAGGUCGUCAGGCUUUAUCUCGAGCAUUUCCAGCAUCUACUGUGCACAUCCAAGCACAAGCGAUUCAACAUCCUGAGGACUUUCCAAAAGUCUUCAUUGGUCAAGAAAUUGCUAUAUGCUCUGAGAUCAGGUUUGUUCAACCUAGAAGUAGUACCCGAUGUUGCUGAAAAGUUGAAAUUGGGACUGGAGGCACGGUGGAGUGGUGAAGACGCCAUCAAGCCUGUAUUCUCCUACUUGAUAUCUUCCCUCUGUCAGAACAACAUGGCCUUCUCUACCGGGUUCGAUACACCACCACCUUACCAGCUACCUGCAGCUUUGAUCCUGACAGCGGUCGCCGAACUGAGUCAGGAUAGCACUCGUCUCCAUAAACUGAAUCGAUCUGUGGCUUUGCAUCGCCUCCUCGUCAUACUGCUCUCCUCCAACAUUUCAACCUACGUUGUCCGACCUUGUCUUGCAUUGCUCGAGCAGGCCAUGACCACUCGAGGCUUAGAGACGUUUUCAACAUCAUUCGAAUCGGAAGGCGGUUUCGCCCUCUUGUCAAGAACAUUGCCCGCCUCGUGGGACAAUGACAUCCAAGCCGUGGUGACGCGGAUGGUACUUGGAGACGAUCCAGGCAAAAAGUUGCGGUCACCACAGAUGGUGGGAUGCUUGCUAUCUGCUAUGGAUUGGCUGUUGCAAGCAGCGGGGGAUUCUGGAGAAAGCGCGGAAAGACCUUCCACCAUCCGGGCGAGGUCGGGUACUGGGUCGUCCAUCCACUCUUUGAGUGCUUCACAAAUUAAGGCCUCCUCACCGGCUGGAGAUUUCCAUGCUCGUCUCACGACGCUGUUGUGCCAUAUCACAUCUCUCUAUAAAGAGUAUAGUCCCAUCAGGAAGUACUUGACAUACAAGAGAAUCGAGCUUGCCCUCCCUAAUUUCGCAGACUUUGCAGCUCUGUCAGGGAAUGUGAAUGUGGACUCUAUCAAAGACUCUAGAAAUGCCGCCAUUGACUUGUUGGCUGCUUUUAUCAAUCUGGGUAAACUUCCAAAGACCAUGUCGACUCAGAUCGAUCUCAUCAUUGAACAAUUGCGGACCACUCCACCUUCACCCAAGAUCGCGACAUCUCUUGCCAUGUCUUCGUCAACGCCUCAAGUCUCGUCCUACUUUGGACAGUCAUAUUCCAGUAAACUUGCGACAUCUCCGGGCAUUCCCUCAUCCCCGAUCAGACGUAGACCUUCCUCAGACGGUACCAGCGGGCUACAAGGAUUUACCAAGUCGAGGCCACCAACGGUUGAAAAAAGAGCACCACUCAAAAGAGUCGUCACGGGCGAGUCAAUCUUGGAAGGUGGAAAGGAUAAGAAUGCUGCUUGGAAAAUGAUCAUUAUCCAGACUCAAAGCAAACGUUGGAGGGAACUGACCAAGAGUAGGAAAGAGCAUUGGCAGAAGCUGUCUCUUGUUGAGUGGCCUCGACAAGCAGCGGUACUACGUUCCGAACAUGGGCUGUGGCCAGAUGACAAUCAACAAGUUACUUGGCGUCUCGACGGAAGCGAAGGGCCUCUUCGUAUGAGGGCUCGCCUCGAGCGCGUUGAUAAUCUUCCCGAAAGUGGGAUCAGUCGGACUCUCCACAAAUUGCGCGACGCCAUUCCGUCCGUCGAUGAGCUGUCAUCAGCUGUUUCACGAUUGAAUGCCGCUCCCUGGGAAGACCCCGAGACUUUCUCCGAAAACGGAGAAGGUGAUUCAUUCAUUGAUGUUGAGGAGAGCGGCAACGACAAAAUGAGAAAGAUUGCCAAAACCUUGCAGACCGGGGACGUUGUCGAGGAAGCACAUAACAUUGUCAGAAUUGUGGGCGUCGACGCAUGUCCCGGUCUGCUCAUCUUGGGAAAGAAGAAUCUGUAUCUCAUCGACGGGCUAGUACAGACAGGCGACGGGGAGGUCAUUGACGCCAGAGAUGCCCAGAAGGAUGUCCUUUCGAUUCCUUCUGGGACGCUCGCGGAACUCGAUGCUGCUGACCAGCAGAGCUACAGAUGGUCUUAUAACGACAUCAUUGAAAAUAACAAGCGCGCCUUCCUCUUUCGAGAUGUGGCUCUUGAACUCUACUUUUCGGACAAGCGCAACUUCCUUGUGGUUUUCCGGGACAAGAAAGAGCGUCAAGCGGUGGUCCAGAAGAUUGGUACGAAGAACGACAAUCGAGAUGCCAUCUCCAAGAGUAUCAUUGGCAAUUUCGUCCUCGACACGGUCGCGAAAGCUAUGGACAGAAGUGAACAGCAAUUGGAGGCUUUACAAAGGAAAUGGCAGAGCAGAGAAAUCAGCAACUUCGCUUACCUACAGCUCCUUAAUCAAUACGCCAAUAGAACUCCAAAUGAUGUGACUCAAUACCCCAUCUUCCCUUGGGUCCUAGCCGACUACUCGUCGGAGAAACUCGACUUGUCUUCUGCAUCUUCAUAUAGAGAUCUUCAUUUCCCAAUGGGGGCUCUUACGCAGGCUAGGCGUGAAGAAGCAGUCGAGCGAUACUCUGCUACCGAGAGUGUGGGAGAAACACCUUUCCAUUUUGGUACCCACUACAGCUCGUCAAUGAUUGUAUGCGGCUACAUGAUUCGGAUGUCACCGUUCACGGAGAUAUUCCUUGCUUUGCAGGGUGGAAAUUUCGAUCUGGCAGAUAGGUUAUUCUCGAGUAUCCCCAAAGCUUGGGACUCGGCCUCAUCGGAUAAUCGUGGAGAUGUGCGAGAGCUGGUCCCCGAAUUCUACUACUCUCCGGCGUUUUUGGUCAACCUGAAUCACCACGACUUUGGUCGUAAGCAGGCAACCGGUGACAUCGUUGAUGACGUCGCUCUACCACCCUGGGCUCUUGGAGAUCCUCAUCUAUUCGUGCAUCGUCACCGGGAGGCGCUCGAAUCUGAAUACGUCUCAAGACACUUGGCCCACUGGAUUGAUUUGACAUUUGGGUAUAAACAAAGAGACCCUUCAUCUUUCAACUGCUUCCACCCGCUCUCCUAUCGGGGCGCAGUAGAUCUGGAAAACAUUGAAAACGAAGAAGAAAAGGCAGCUUCAACGGCAAUCAUCCACAACUUUGGUCAGACCCCGCUCCAGAUUUUCAAAAUGCCGCAUCCUCAUCGUUUCAUGGCCGGUCGGAGUGACCUCCCCCUUGGCGUCAAAUUCGGGGUGGCUGAACACUGGCAACUUAUGUUCAGGAGUAUACUUCCCAUCUCUGAGACUACAACCCCUAUCGAUGAUAUCAGUCCGCCUUUUGGACCGGACUCGAAACCCAAGGUCACUCAGAAGCACAGGCUCCCGGUGCCCAGUUCCUCCCAUCUGAGCGUACAUUAUGGGUUCACCGAUGGAUCUAUCAGGGUAUACUAUCAAGAUGCUACGGCGAAACUGGCUGCUCUGGUCGAAGGCAUCUAUCCUGAACAUGCCAUUUUUGCGUCUCCAACGCUCCUCUUUACUGUUUCUCAUCAAGGUGUCAUAUCGGCUUGGCGACUCACCAUCAGCGGAGUAGGGUACCGCAAAGGGGACGUCAAAGUCCAGCGAGAAGCUACUCUCCGGGGCCAUCCAGCGCGGGUGACCUGCUUGACCAGUAACAAGUCAUGGAGCUUUUUGGUUAGCGGAUCAGAAGAUGGCACUGCCGUCGUUUGGGAUACGAAUCGCCUGCGAUACACCAGAACGCUUUGUACGGGCAAGGAUGAGCCGAUCGAGUUUUGCGCGACCGAUGAGGCAGAUGGAAAUAUUGUCUUGGCUUCCAGGCACCACGUCUACCUCUUCUCCCUCAACGGCUACCCCAUAGCUUCAAUGAGCCUGGCAGAUUGCAUCGCCUCUUUGGAUGGCGACGACGCUUCCGUGACAUCAGGCGAGGAUAUCAGUGAUGUUAAUUUCACUGGCGGCAUAUCCUUCCUCAACAGAGAGUUCCUCAAGUACGGACCGCUCUUUGUGAUCGGUGUGGGAGCUCGCGUGGUGCUUGUCCGCUGCGCGCCUGGUAUCAAGGAUUCGUUCAGCGAGAACGAAGACGUCAAGCCGUGGCAAUUGAUUGCGCAAGGCUCAAUGCAUCGGUCAGAUGACCACCCUGGUGGCGACUGCUGUAUGGUGAAGUUUAUCGGUGAAAUCCUGUAUGCCGCUUUCGGUAUUACUGAUGAGAAGAAAAAGUACGCGCUCUACCAGUGGUCUUUGCCGGAUGGACCAGCGAGGCAUGUUGCCGAGUCGGUUUCCCAUACGUGUAUGGCGGACAGGUGUGGAAGGAACUUUGGGCUCUUGGAACCCAAGCGUCACUGUGGUGGAUGUGGCGGUACUUUCUGCGGCACACAUGCCCUUCACGUUGAAACAUUCACCAUGCGAUACUGCGACAGCUGCCGACAACAUCUAGCUAUCGCCUCUGCGCAAGGAAUACUAGACUCCCGCCGGGAUACUCUCGUACCCCCUUCGGUAGCUGCAUCCAGACGAGGCUCCGUCACUCAAGACUCGCGCGUUCUCCGCGGCAGCCCUGCAGCUGCAAGUCCUAGUCGUGGUGGGUCUCGAAGAGGGUCAACCGAAUAA